AUGUUCGAAUAUAUAUUUAUAUCCACCAUAAUUAUUGGAUCAAUUCUUUAUAUAAAUCGACCUCAACGUGAAAAACAAUUAAAAUCUUCAAAAACUGGAAAGAAAACAGAAGAUGCAGCACUUGAAACAAUGGAAUUAUUAUCGAAAUAUUUAAUUGAUCGUUAUCCAUCUUUAUUUGAAUAUCAACAAAAUAAAGAACAAAUUCAAAUAAAAUCAUCAAAUCCUCUUAAGUAUGCAUCAUUAUUAAUUCAAGAUGAUUUAAUAUUAAUGAUUGAAGGAAAUGAUGGACAAUAUUAUUUAAAAGGUGGUUCAAUUGUUUUACCUAAAUUUUGA